AUGAAGAUACCAUUGCUGGCUUUCUUUGCGUUUGCAACACUCUUCUUUGCGACCUCUGCUUUCCCAGCACAGCAUGACAUCAAGCAUGGAUUACAUCACGUUCUUGAUGGUCACCCGACGAACAACUCAGGCUACCCUAAGUCAAGCUUGCACAACACCACGCUGCCAGAUGUCAUCCGUGGCGUCAACAUCGGCAACUGGCUCAUCCUCGAAAAGUGGAUGGGCUCUACUAUCUUCGAAGGCAACAAUGCAACAGAUCAAUAUACGUUCGACUGCACUAACGAUGCCGAAUCGAAGAUCAAGUCCCAUUGGGAGACCUUCUUCACGGAGAAAGAUGUGAAAAAGAUUGCCUCCUGGGGAAUCAACAGUCUUCGUAUUCCAAUCGGCUACUGGGCCUUUUCGAACGACACUACGCCGUACAUCAGGGGUGCUGAUGCUUACCUUGAGAAGGCCAUCCAAUGGGCACGAAAGUAUCAUCUCAAGGUACUGGUCGACUGCCACGGUUCGCCAGGAAGCCAGAACGGCUUCGACAAUAGCGGUCGCUCUGGGCAGGUCAAGUGGCAGAGUGGAGGCAACAUGGCGAAAAGCAUAGAGGUGCUGAAGGCCAUGGCGAGAAAGUAUGGUGCGAAAGAGUACGCAGAUGUGGUAUUUGGCAUCGAGCUUGUCAAUGAGCCGAUCUCAUGGGGUCAGAACAACUUCAACCUCACACGAAAUUGGGCGCAGAAGGCUUACCAUGCUGUGAAAGAGGUCGCGACGAAUGGAGACUUGAUCGUCGUGAUGCACGAUAGCUUCCGGGGCCCUCCGAGCUGGACAGCAGUCGGUGCCAGUCUUAACGGCAACGUGACCAAACACAAGGUUAAAUUCGCCAUCGACACGCACCUCUACCAGAACAUGGUAGCGAACGACUCAUCCCUGGAUCAGACUCAACACAUCGCCAAAGCAUGUGCCUGGAAACAUACAGAGCUUCUCCCGGCUUCAUCGAACCUGCCAGUCUUCGUAGGCGAGUUCAGCGCCGCGACGAAUAUAUGCGUCAACCCAGAUGGUUCAACUGUAGCUGGCAGCGAGUGCUCUUGGGAUGGCUGCCAAUGCUCCUCGAACGUUCCUAUCGAACACUGGAGGCAGCCUUUGGUCGAGGUCACGAGAAAGUUCUUGGAGGCGGAGCUUGAUGCUUUUGAGCACAGUGCAAGAGGGUGGUUCUUGUGGUCGUAUAAGGCGCCGGGUGGAUGGGGCAUGGAGAAUCUCGUGAGGUAUGGUGUUGUUGGUGGGAAGGUUACUGAUAGGAUGUAUCAUGGGCAGUGUGACUUCACUGCAACUCACUGA